AUGGACUGCUCUCAGACAGUGGACUGCUCUCAGACAGUGGACUGCUCUCAGACAGUGGACUCAGACAGUGGACUCUCAGACAAUGGACUGCUCUCAGACAAUGGACUGCUCUCAGACAGUGGACUGCUCUCAGACAUGGACUGCUCUCAGACAGUGGACUGCUCUCAGACAGUGGACUGCUCUCAGACAAUGGACUGCUCUCAGACAAUAGACUGCUCGCAGAGAGUGGACUGCUCUCAGACAGUGGACUGCUACAGUGGACUGCUCUCAGACAGUGGACUGCUCUCAGACAGUGGACUGCUCUCAGACAGUGGACUGCUCUCAGACAGUGGACUGCUCUCAGACAGUGGACUGCUCUGGACUGGCUCUCAGACAAGUGGACUGCUCUCAGACAGUGGACUGCUCUCAGACAAUGGACUGCUCUCAGACAAUGGACUGCUCUCAGACAACAAUGGACUGCUCUCAGACAGUGGACUGCUCUCAGACAGUGGACUGCUGCAGUGGACUGUGGACUGCUCUCAGACAAUGGACUGCUCUCAGACAGUGGACUGCUCUCAGACAGUGGACUGCUCUCAGACAUGGACUGCUCUCAGACAGACUGCUCUCAGACUGGACUGCUCUCAGACAGUGGACUGCUCUCAGACAAUGGACUGCUCUCAGACAAUGGACUGCUCUCAGACAGUGGACUGCUCUCAGACAGUGGACUGCUCUCAGACAGUGGACUGCUCUCAGACAGUGGACUGCUCUCAGACAGUGGACUGCUCUCAGACAAUGGACUGCUCUCAGACAGUGGACUGCUCUCAGACAGUGGACUGCUCUCAGACAGUGGACUGCUCUCAGACAAUGGACUGCUCUCAGACAGUGGACUGCUCUCAGACAGUGGACUGCUCUCAGACAGUGGACUGCUCUCAGACAGUGGACUGCUCUCAGACAGUGGACUGCUCUCAGACAAUGGACUGCUCUCAGACAAUGGACUGCUCUCAGACAGUGGACUGCUCUCAGACAGUGGACUGCUCUCAGACAAUGGACUGCUCUCAGACAAUGGACUGCUCUCAGACAGUGGACUGCUCUCAGACAAUGGACUGCUCUCAGACAAUGGACUGCUCUCAGACAGUGGACUGCUCUCAGACAGUGGACUGCUCUCAGACAGUGGACUGCUCUCAGACAACAGUGGACUGCUCUCAGACAAUGGACUGCUCUCAGACAGUGGACUGCUCUCAGACAGUGGACUGCUCUCAGACAGUGGACUGCUCUCAGACAGUGGACUGCUCUCAGACAAUGGACUGCUCUCAGACAGUGGACUGCUCUCAGACAAUGGACUGCUCUCAGACAGUGGACUGCUCUCAGACAGUGGACUGCUCUCAGACAAUGGACUGCUCUCAGACAGUGGACUGCUCUCAGACAGUGGACUGCUCUCAGACAGUGGACUGCUCUCAGACAGUGGACUGCUCUCAGACAAUGGACUGCUCUCAGACACUGCUCUCAGACAUGGACUGCUCUCAGACAGUGGACUGCUCUCAGACAAUGGACUGCUCUCAGACAGUGGACUGCUCUCAGACAAUGGACUGCUCUCAGACAGUGGACUGCUCUCAGACAAUGGACUGCUCUCAGACAGUGGACUGCUCUCAGACAGUGGACUGCUCUCAGACAGUGGACUGCUCUCAGACAAUGGACUGCUCUCAGACAGUGGACUGCUCUCAGACAGUGGACUGCUCUCAGACAGUGGACUGCUCUCAGACAGUGGACUGCUCUCAGACAGUGGACUGCUCUCAGACAACAGUGGACUGCUCUCAGACAGUGGACUGCUCUCAGACAAUGGACUGCUCUCAGACAAUGGACUGCUCUCAGACAGUGGACUGCUCUCAGACAAUGGACUGCUCUCAGACAGACAUGGACUGCUCUCAGACAGUGGACUGCUCUCAGACAGUGGACUGCUCUCAGACAGUGGACUGCUCUCAGACAAUGGACUGCUCUCAGACAAUGGACUGCUCUCAGACAGUGGACUGCUCUCAGACAGUGGACUGCUCUCAGACAAUGGACUGCUCUCAGACAAUGGACUGCUCUCAGACAGUGGACUGCUCUCAGACAGUGGACUGCUCUCAGACAGUGGACUGCUCUCAGACAGUGGACUGCUCUCAGACAAUGGACUGCUCUCAGACAAUGGACUGCUCUCAGACAGUGGACUGCUCUCAGACAGUGACAGUGGACUGCUCUCAGACAGUGGACUGCUCUCAGACAAUGGACUGCUCUCAGACAGUGGACUGCUCUCAGACAGUGGACUGCUCUCAGACAGUGGACUGCUCUCAGACAGUGGACUGCUCUCAGACAGUGGACUGCUCUCAGACAGUGGACUGCUCUCAGACAGUGGACUGCUCUCAGACAGUGGACUGCUCUCAGACAGUGGACUGCUCUCAGACAAUGGACUGCUCUCAGACAGUGGACUGCUCUCAGACAAUGGACUGCUCUCAGACAAUGGACUGCUCUCAGACAAUGGACUGCUCUCAGACAGUGGACUGCUCUCAGACAUGGAUGGACUGCUCUCAGACAAUGGACUGCUCUCAGACAGUGGACUGCUCUCAGACAAUGGACUGCUCUCAGACAGUGGACUGCUCUCAGACAAUGGACUGCUCUCAGACAGUGGACUGCUCUCAGACAAUGGACUGCUCUCAGACAGUGGACUGCUCUCAGACAGUGGACUGCUCUCAGACAGUGGACUGCUCUCAGACAGUGGACUGCUCUCAGACAAUGGACUGCUCUCAGACAAUGGACUGCUCUCAGACAGUGGACUGCUCUCAGACAGUGGACUGCUCUCAGACAGUGGACUGCUCUCAGACAAUGGACUGCUCUCAGACAAUGGACUGCUCUCAGACAGUGGACUGCUCUCAGACAAUGGACUGCUCUCAGACAAUGGACUGCUCUCAGACAGUGGACUGCUCUCAGACAGUGGACUGCUCUCAGACAGUGGACUGCUCUCAGACAAUGGACUGCUCUCAGACAAUGGACUGCUCUCAGACAGUGGACUGCUCUCAGACAGUGGACUGCUCUCAGACAUGGACAAGUGGACUGCUCUCAGACAGUGGACUGGACUGCUCUCAGACAGUGGACUGCUCUCAGACAGUGGACUGCUCUCAGACAAUGGACUGCUCUCAGACAGUGGACUGCUCUCAGACAGUGGACUGCUCUCAGACAGUGGACUGCUCUCAGACAGUGGACUGCUCUCAGACAAUGGACUGCUCUCAGACAGUGGACUGCUCUCAGACAGUGGACUGCUCUCAGACAAUGGACUGCUCUCAGACAGUGGACUGCUCUCAGACAGUGGACUGCUCUCAGACAGUGGACUGCUCUCAGACAAUGGACUGCUCUCAGACAAUGGACUGCUCUCAGACAGUGGACUGCUCUCAGACAGUGGACUGCUCUCAGACAAUGGACUGCUCUCAGACAGUGGACUGCUCUCAGACAGUGGACUGCUCUCAGACAGUGGACUGCUCUCAGACAGUGGACUGCUCUCAGACAAUGGACUGCUCUCAGACAAUGGACUGCUCGCAGACAGUG